GUGUGUGUGCGUGUUUGUUAAUCCGAAUAAUUUGCCAAAAAUAAUUAUAAUCAGCUUAUCAUUCGGCAUUGUAGUUUUUUUUCAAUUAAGCAAUUUUUUGCAAAUCAAUUAAUGAAUAACAAAGUUUUCUUCGUUACAAAAGUUAUUUCGAUUUUUUUAUGCUAAGAAUGGCUAAAAUCAAAGAAAUUAAUGAAUUAUCAUUAUCAGAAACAAUAACAACAUUAUCAUCUGAAUCAUCAUCAAAUUGUUAUUGUGGUCAAUAUUUAGCUAAAUUAAUUCGAUUGCCUUGGAUAAAAUGUAAAACAUUGUAUAGAAAAAUGGUUAAAAGAAAAAAAUCAUUAUCAGUGAAAAAUGUAAUUAAUGAUGAUGAUGAUAAAAAUAUUGAUAAUAUAUCGAAAAUAUUUAUAACAACAAACAAUAGUCAAAAGUCAAAUGAUUAUAAUAAUAAUGAUGGUGGUAAUAAUAAUAGUGAACAAUUAUUAUUAUUAAUAAAAUGUCCAAAUUGUCAUCGAAAAUCAAUGGUUGAAGAAUCAUUAACAUAUCGAAGUUCAUCAAUGUGGCAAUUAGCAACAAAUAUAAAUGAUCGUUUAAAACAAUUAUCAUCAACAAAUUUAUUCAAUUAUGGUGGUAGUCGAUCACAACCAAAUACACCAGCAUGUAUGACAGAAAGAUCAUUAUCAUCAUCAGCAGCAGCACGUUCACCAUCAAAUUAUUGUCGUGUUGCUACAUGUGAAAAAUUACAUAUACAUGAUAUAACACCAAAGUGCCUAGAAACAUUUGCACCAUCAUCAACAUGUUCAUCAUGUCAAUACUGUGAUCGUAAACAUAUUGGUCCAAAUCAUGAUCAAUUACUUAUGGUUAAACGUUUAAUCAAAGAGCUUCCAUUAAUAACAAUACCAAAUAAUUUGAAUGGUAUAAAUUCAAAAAUAUUGGAAAAUAAAUCCAAUUAUUCAAAUAAUUAUUAUCGUCAACAAACAAGUAGUUUAUUAAUGCAAUGGCCAUUACCGGAAUAUCGACCACAAAAUUCACCCGAUCAUCUUUAUAGAAUAUUUGAAUUUUAAUCAACACACAAACACACACACCAAACAUUUGAACAUGUUGAUUUUCUGCCAAACAUUUUGAAAAAAUUCCAACAACAAUAAUAAUGAUUUAUUGUCAGUUUGAAACC